GACGUGGGCAGAAAAAAGGUAGGAACGAUGGGCCACCGAAAACCAAAAAACAAAACCUGGUGUGGACGUUGGAGGAGAGGAUAUGGCUGGUAGAGAUGAUGGGGGAGGGCGGCGCGCUCAUGGCUGACGCCAAUGGACAACAUCAGUUCAUGAAAAGGAAGGAGCGGUAUGCAUGGGUGGCCGAUCGCAUGGCAUCCGGCGGUUAUCCUCAGAGAACUGCGAAGGACUGUCGUAAGAAGUGGACGUCCAUGUUGACGAAGCCGAAGCUCAUCCUUGACAAGUGGCACUGCGAGAAUGCAUCGGGCCUGUCGUCGUACUGGGACAUGGACCUGGAAAAGUGGAAGGAGCUGCAGGUGCCUCUCGCCUUUGAGAAACCGUUGUGGAAUGCCAUGCAAUGGAAAUUGAACAGACCAUCCAUGACGUGCGACCAGACAUUGGGGUCUAAGGACCUGCCGGGAGCAGGAGAAGGAACACCGCCUUCGGGGAGAAGUGGAUCCGGAAAAAGCGGGUCUCACGCAAGAGGAACGGACGGCUCAGAGGGCGCAGCGAAGAUGCGAAGAACGUCAUCACGGAAAACUAGGAUGGACGACGUAGGGACCGCCGGAUCGACUUUGGUGAGGGCGAUGGAGGAGUCGACACGAUCCUAUUGUGAUGGUCUUGACACGGCCGCUUCUACAUUGCCGAAGGCAACCUCGGAUGUCGGGACUGCGCUAGCGGCGAAGAUUGGUGAUGUGGUGUAGGCGAUAAGGGGAGGGAACACUGUCCUCGAGAUGCU